AGAAGACCCAACAAUCUGGGCCUCUGAUGCUUUUAUGUGUAAACUGCUCUUUCUUGAUUUAUAUUCCACGACAGAAAGAUUUCAAAUCCCCAGUGCACUGUGAUCACUGUAUUGAUACAACCUGACUUAACUGCUUGCUUGUUGAUAUCAAAGUUCGCAUAGGCACCAAGUAGCUUUCUCCGGAAGGCGUCAGCAGUCAGCACAAUGGUCAAACAGACUGUUUUCACCACCAUUACGCCCCUCCCCUCGUACAUCAGCAGAGACAUAGUUGUGGAGACACUGCACAACCAUAGGGAAAUGAUAGAGCUGAAUCCUCUGGUCAUCAAUUUCGCUCAAUGCAAACCUCCCAGCUUCGCGCCCGCAGACGAGUUCCACACCAUUUGGUACGAGUUGACCGACAGGAUCUCAUAUCUACCCGGAGGGCUUCUUCAGGGCAAUGUCAGCUACAAAGGCUGUUUCCAUGAUCUUCCACGCGGCCUGCAAACACACGUCUACGCACCGACGGGACUCGAUAUUCGGGAUAAAUGGACUGGACUGUACCUGCGCGAGGACAUCCAGAUGCGAUGCCAGAUCUGGGCCACCAGCUUUGUCAAGAGGACCCUGAAGAAAGCGCAUUCAACGCUGGUCGAUCGACUGAUCAUGAAAGCAAACCUUCUGAAAGAACGUGCGGAAAGCAACUCUGUCUCCUUGGGUUCUCCGACCUCGUCUUCGCAUAGAUUUUCAGUAGCGUCCGCUGAAUUACCAGUGCCGGAGUAUGGUCAAACAAUGCAUUCACCCCGUGAAAAAUGGCAGCAGGUUCAUGGACCGAAUGGUGCAGCCAAUAAGAAAAAUCCCUUCCCAUCAUCCAACGAGCUUCCUGGGUCAUUACGGCCUGGACAACCAUCGGGCCUGGCAACACCGGAAAUUCAAAUUAAUGGCGUGUCUGAAUCCAGUAUAUCGGGGCAGCGUACAGGGCUAUCCCAGAAUCAGGAGAGGCACUCGCGCCGAUCGUCGUAUCCGGGCAAAACCCUAUAUGAAUUGGAAUAG